AUGAGAGCUCGUAGUACCGCGUUCACAAAUGCUGGCAAUCCCAUGAUAACAAAUCGGUCCAAUAUGCCACAAAUUCUGACACUUGAUCGCGUUUCUCCAGCAACACGAAUGCUGGAAAAGCGUCGACAAAUGUUUGAAGUACAGGAAGCCCUAGACGCUCAAAAGGAAGAGUUUGCUCGUCGUGAAGACGCUUUUCAUCGACGAGAAGAUGCAUUGCGCAAUAAAGAUCUGGAGCUGCAGGAAUCGCUCAUCAAGUUCAACAAGUUUUUACAGGAGAAUGAGUCAAAGCGCAGUCGCGCAGUCAAGCGGGCUAGUGACGAGAUCAGGCUCCGUGUGAGCAAGGAGCAGGAGGUGACAAAAUUACAAGCCCAGCUCACAGCUUUGCAGCAAGAGACUGACAACUUAAAGUCGCAGGUUCGACUCCAUCUCAAGUAUACUCGUUACUUAGAAUCUGUUCAAGAAGCUGUUUCUGAGGAUUAUCCCGAGGUGAGCGAUCUUGUAAAUCGCUACCAUACUUUGUGUGAGACAAACCGUGACUUAACCCGAAACCAAAUUACGCAUGAAGAGGAAAGUGAAUCGAAGCGACUUGAGUUCUCUGCUUUUCAAAAAGAGUGUGCUAACGAUCUUCUGGCAUUUAACAAUCGAAUCGCCACACUCCAACGUGAUCUAGAACGCGAGGAAGUACAUGGUGUACGUCUACAACACGAGACGGAUGCAACAAUUCGAGCGACAACACAAAAGACAUUAGCGCUCGGACAAAUUAUUAUGGCAAUUAGCAAUUUGCUGCAGCGAUGUGCCGGCGGACCUCACGGACAAAUUCUUAAACACGUCGAAGGUAAUUUUCAUAAUAACGACUCUGGCAACGACGGCCCCAAUGCGAAUACCGUAAUUGCUUCCAUGUCACCCACAUUUGCAAACAGCUCAAUUGAUAAGACUGGUAUCGACACCUUCGAGGCUGAUGUGGUUAGUCAUGGUAAGCGCGCUAUAGUCGACCUGGAUAUCGUCGCCGCCUACAUUCUGGAUUUUACGGCGAUUGUACAGGGCCGUAUCGACGCACAACGAGCUCAAAGGAAGGCAGCAGUCGCUGCGUCCCUAGGUUCAGGAGCCUUGGUCAAUUUCACCCCCGGAAGUGGCGACGGAACUCAUCCCGGUGCCGCACGCCGUAGAGGUUCUGUAACUACUAAUUGA